CCCGUUUGCGUACGAUGCCCAGUUCUGUAAGAUCAUCUCAAACGGCCCAAUCCCGCCGUCGACCACCAUCUCCUGUGUCCAUGUACGGUUCAGGCUCGGGGUUUUGCGUGGGACCGCCGAAUCGUCCCCCUCGUCCACUAGUCUUGGAGAAGAAACCGAAAGCAGAGGCCAAAACCCAUACCCGAUUGAACUCAGCUUCGACCUCUACCAGUGCGGCCCUCUCCGAAUCAUCAUCAUCUACCACACCCUCCAAUGCCAGUUUGAAAAGUGCAAGUACGAAGAGCUUCGGCUUUCCGACCAGUUGGAAGAAAAGAGGAAAACAAUCCUCCUCUACCACCUCCUCUACAUCACUCCCUGCGUCCUCCUCCAUCUCUGAGACUACACCGACUCGUACUAGAUUUCGUUCGCAUGCAUCCGAGGAGUUUCUCGACCACAUACCAUCCGAAGCGGAAAAUCGGCUUCGGCAACUGAACAAGGCCGCAAGAAUGUUUGGAGAACGGGUUCCUCCAGAGUAUAUUCUCUACGGUGCCUCCCCGACUACCUCCCCCCUCCCUCUAGGUGACGAACCCACCGACCCCGUCCUCCCUGUACUAGAUGAGUUGGAACCCAUUGAUGUUCCAGUUACGAAUUUCAUGUUGGCGCCUCCAGAGGAGAUGUCGCCGCCGAGUUUCUGCAGGUGCGGAACGUCAAGUCCAGUCCUUCCGAGUAAGGACUAUGAUGAAGUGGAGCAUAACGGAGAAGCUGAACCAGAGUCGCCCACACUAACCCCUUCUUCCCCAGCACCGUCCACGAAGAAGCUCGCUACUGACUCUCUCGAACCCCUGAACACGACCACUCCGUUUUUGCUGCGUCACCCGCGCCCGAAACCGAGAGCAUCAAAUAAAUCUCUUCCCUCCGUUGAGAACGGUGUACAGGAAACACCUAAAACAACCACAGGUCAACCACGAAGUUCCUUGACACGACCCCAGACAUCAUACGCCGGAUCUACACGGUCCUGGGAUGAAUCCACAAGCUCUUAUCCUCGUCCAGAUUCUCCGUUCUUGGAAAGCGCCGUUCCAAUACACACGUGGAUAAGCACGACAUGGUCUUCGCCGAAGAAUGAGGGCCGUAUUGCUCGCCAGAACUGCGGCCAGGGUUGGAGUGGUGAAUGGAAUCGUUCCGAUAUGCAGGAUGUCAUAACGAAGCUACGGCAGUUGAAGUGACGCGCAGGGUGUCCUUCCCGCGCUCCUUGGAUUCCGGUAGCAACAACUUCAAUUUGAUUUUCCCUCAUAUCAUUAUUCUAUUGCGGCACGAUUAAACGCCACCUCUCUCUCUUCUCCCGUUCCAAAUUGAGGCAUCUGGCGUAUUCGAAGUCAUGGAACUAUUGAUAUGUUCACGGUAUGUUGCGAGGGCCGGACCAGUCGCUCUAUACCCUGAUUAUACUAUAGAAACACGGUUGACCUGCACUCGUCCCUUCACGUUUAGAUACCCACCAUCAACCCACCAUCAUUACAAGUAUCAUAUUUAACGGGAUGUAAC